CCAUACACGAGACUCAUCUAGUUCCAUUAUUUUCUUGUAAAAUCUAAAAGAAAUAAUAAAAAUAAUAAAUAAUAAAAAAAAUACCUCUCGUGUUCACCAUUUCUGGUGUGCAUGAAAAUACAUAAUCUUUUCGAAACAAAAACAUUAAAAUGGCAACCUCAUCAUCCAAACAAAACGAUAAAAACUUAACAUCACAACCUUCAAGCGCUGGCCGCCCACCUCAGGCGGUAAAAUUCUCCCGUCGAACACCUAGUGGCCGCAUUACGAACUUGUCUCGCGACGACGAUUUAGACAUGACAAAUGAAUAUUCAGGUCAAAAUGAUUAUGCCAAUUACACUGUUAUGAUGCCUCCUACGCCUGAUAAUCAACCUGCUGGGCCUUCUUCUUCUUCUGAUAAUAAACCUGAUGGGCCUGGUUCUUAUACGACAAGUCGUUUAGGGUCUGAGAAACAACAACGCAGUGGAGGUGGUGGCGGUGGUGGUAAUACUGGCUCUAAAUUGGAACGGAGAAUGUCAAUAAUGAAAUCUAGUAACAAAUCGAUGCUGUUGAGGAGUCAAACACAGGAUUUUGAUCAUAAUAGAUGGUUAUUUGAGACAAAGGGAACCUAUGGUAUUGGAAAUGCAUAUUUUUCAGAAGAGGACGCUUAUGGUCCAGAUAAUACGGGAUUGAGCAUGCAAGAUUUCAUGGAUAAGCCUUGGAAGCCACUUACUAGGAAGAUUGGGGUUCCUUCAAAAAUUCUUAGCCCUUACAGGCUACUCAUAGUUAUCCGAAUGGUAAUUCUAGCUUUCUUCUUGACAUGGCGUGUCAAAAACCCUAAUCAAGAUGCAAUAUGGCUAUGGGCAAUAUCUAUAGUUUGUGAAAUUUGGUUUGCCUUCUCAUGGCUACUUGACAUUCUUCCUAAGCUUAACCCAAUCAACAGAUCAACUGAUUUAGUCGCUCUUCGCGAAAAGUUCGAAAAGCCUUCACCUUCCAAUCCAACCGGCCGGUCAGACCUUCCGGGGGUCGAUAUCUUCGUCUCCACCGCUGAUCCUGAGAAGGAACCGCCACUUGUCACCGCCAACACAAUUUUAUCAAUUCUUGCGGCUGAUUAUCCAGUUGAGAAGCUCACCGGUUACAUUUCCGAUGAUGGUGGCGCUAUUCUUACCUUUGAGGCCAUGGCUGAGGCCGUCCGCUUCGCUGAGGUGUGGGUGCCGUUUUGUCGAAAACACAACAUUGAACCGAGGAAUCCAGAUAGUUAUUUCAACUUGAAAACUGAUAAAACCAAGAACAAGAAACGACCUGAUUUCGUGAAGGACAGGCGGUGGAUGAAGAGGGAAUACGACGAGUUUAAGGUGAGAAUAAAUGGUCUGCCUGAAGUAAUACGUAAGCGAAGUGAGUCAUAUAAUAAAAAGGAGGAGAGAAAGCAGAAGACAAUCGCCAAGGAGAAGAACGACGGCGAGUUGCCAAAGGAUAUGGAGUACCAAAAAGCUACUUGGAUGGCUGAUGGCACCCAUUGGCCUGGCACGUGGCUUGAUCCAGCUGCUGAUCACAAAAAGGGUGACCAUGCUGGCAUCUUGCAGAUAAUGAGCAAGGUGCCGGAAAGUGAUCCGGUGAUGGGUCAUCAAGACGAAAAGAAAUUGGAUUUCACUGGAGUUGACAUUAGAAUACCGAUGUUUGCAUAUGUGUCUCGUGAAAAGAGGCCUGGUUAUGACCAUAAUAAGAAGGCUGGAGCUAUGAAUGCUAUGGUUAGAGCUUCAGCUAUAUUAUCAAAUGGACCGUUUAUACUCAAUUUGGAUUGUGAUCAUUACAUCUAUAAUUCAUUGGCUAUGAGGGAAGGAAUGUGCUUUAUGAUGGACCGUGGUGGUGAUAGAAUAUGCUACAUCCAAUUUCCUCAAAGAUUUGAAGGGAUUGAUCCAUCUGAUCGAUACGCUAAUCAUAAUUUUGUGUUCUUUGAUGGAAGUAUGCGAGCACUCGAUGGUCUUCAAGGCCCAGUUUAUGUAGGAACCGGGUGCAUGUUUCGGAGAUAUGCACUAUAUGGGUUCCUUCCUCCAAGAGCAAAUGAAUACACUGGAGUUUUUGGGCAAGUGAAGGAAAAGGUGCCAGAGUUUCAUGGUCAAUCGGAUGAUGAUCCUGAAACUCAACCCUUGAACGCGCACCCUGACUUGGACAUGCCAAAGAAGUUUGGCAAUUCAGCUAUGUUCAACGAGUCCAUAUCGGUUGCUGAAUUCCAAGGACGGCCACUCGCCGAUCAUAUUUCUGUAAAGAAUGGCAGGCCUCCCGGUGCUUUGCUUGUGCCUCGUCCUCCACUAGACGCACCUACUGUUGCGGAGGCUGUUGCUGUCAUUUCCUGCUGGUUCGAGGACAAUACAGACUGGGGAGAUAAGGUAGGUUGGAUCUAUGGUUCAGUCACAGAAGAUGUGGUGACAGGUUAUAGAAUGCACAACCGUGGGUGGCGAUCUGUGUACUGCAUAACAAAAAGAGACGCCUUUCGUGGCACAGCACCUAUAAAUCUUACUGACCGUCUACACCAAGUGCUCAGAUGGGCUACUGGUUCAGUAGAAAUAUUUUUCUCAAAAAACAAUGCAUUUUUAGCAACCAGACGUUUAAAGUUUCUACAAAGAAUUGCUUACUUAAAUGUUGGCAUUUACCCAUUCACUUCCUUUUUCUUGGUUACUUACUGCUUCCUACCAGCACUUUCCCUUAUAUCAGGACACUUUAUUGUUUCAUCUCUCAAUAUUGCCUUCCUUUCCUACCUGCUUGUCAUCACUAUAACGCUAACUCUCCUUUCACUUCUUGAAGUGAAAUGGUCUGGUAUUGGACUUGAGGAUUGGUGGCGAAAUGAGCAGUUUUGGGUUAUUGGAGGCACUAGUGCUCACUUUGCUGCUGUGCUCCAAGGGCUUCUAAAAGUUCUUGCUGGUAUUGAGAUUUCUUUUACAUUAACCUCAAAAUCUGCAGGAGAAGAUGAAGAUGAUGUUUAUGCUGAUCUAUACAUGGUCAAAUGGACAAGUCUGUUUAUUAUGCCGCUAGCCAUUAUAAUGUCUAAUUUUGUUGCCAUUGUUAUUGGGAUUUCAAGGACAAUAUAUAGUGUCAUACCACAAUGGGGUAAACUUAUUGGAGGAUCCUUUUUCAGUUUCUGGGUUUUGGCUCAUAUGUACCCUUUUAUUAAAGGGUUAUUAGGCAGGAGAGGAAGAGUGCCAACAAUUGUGUAUGUCUGGGCGGGCUUGAUCUCCAUUACAGUGUCUUUGCUAUGGGUAUCAAUUGAUCCCCCAACUGAUAGUUCCAGUUCCAGUGGAUCUGCUUAGAUAUAGUUAUUAAUAACUAGAAAUUCAUACUAAUGUACUUUCAGAUUUUCUUUUCUUCUAAGUUUUUUCCCCUUUUUAGGGGUGAGAGUUGGGGAAUGGGCUCCAGAAUCUAAACAGUAAAUACUUUUUGUAUUUUAGAUGAUGUAACUAAAUCACGUUUCAUUAAGAUACUAUGAAAAUAUGUACUGUAUAAUAAUUUCAUGUCA